CAGUCCCGGGUCCAGCAGCCCCGCAUCCUGCAGCCCUGGGUCCAGCAGCCUCCAGGUCCAGCUGCUCGGCGUCCAAAAGCCCCGGGUCUAGCAGCCCCGCAUCCUACAGCCCCGGGUCCAGAAGCCUCCAGGUCCAGCAGCCCCGGGUCCAGCAGCCUCCAGGUCCAGCAGCCCCGGGUCCAGCAGCCCCGCAUCCUGCAGUCCCGGGUUCAGCAGCCUCCAGGUCCAGCUGCUCGGCGUCCAGCAGUCCCGGGUCCAGCAGCCUCCGGGUCCAGCUGCUCGGCGUCCAGCAGCCUCCGGGUUCAGCUACUCGGCGUCCAGCAGCCCGAGGUCCAGCAGCCCCGCCUGCAACAGUCCAGGGUCCAGCAGCCCCGGUCCCAGCGGCCCCGCGUCCAGCGAUCCCGCGUCCAGCGGCCUCGGGUCCAGCAGCCCCGCUUGCAGCAGCCCCGGGUUUAGGGACCCCGCGUCCAGCGGCCCGGGGUCGAGCAGCCCCGGUCCCAGCGGCCCCGCUUGCAGCGGCCCCGGUCCCAGAGGCCCUGCGUGCAGCGGCCCCGGGUGCAGCGGCCCCGGGUCCAGCAGCCCCGCGUCCAGCAGCCCCGCGUCCAGAAGCCCCGCGUCCAGCGGCCCCGGGUCCAGCGACCCCGCGAGCAGCGACCCCGCGUGCAGCGGCCCCGGCCGGGCGGCGCCGCAGCAUGUUCCCCCGCUCGCGGCGGCGGCCGGCGCUGCUCUGGCCGCUGCUGCUCGCGCUGUGCCGGGCGCUGGCCGGGGCCGCGGCGGGCAGCUACAGCCUGGCGGGCACCUGGACGCUGCGCAGCGCGAACGGCUCCGUGGAGCUGCCGGCGGCCGUGCCGGGCUGCGUGCACACGGCCCUGUGGCGGCGGGGCCUCACCCAGGACCCUUACUAUAGGUUCAAUGACCUGGAGUCCAGGUGGAUCGCCCUGGACAGCUGGACCUACAGCAGGGCCUUCACGCUCCCUGCCGAGCUCAGGAAAUGGAAGAAUAUCUACCUGAUCUUUGAGGGAGUGGAUACGGUGGCCCAGAUUGUGCUGAAUAAUGUCACUCUCGGAAAGACAGACAACAUGUUCGUCAGAUAUAGCUUCGAUGUCAGUGGUGUGGUGCGGGCCGAGAAUUGGCUGGAGGUGCGCCUGCAGUCGCCCGUGCGCUAUGCUGCCCAGCAGAGCGCCGCCUACCCUGGCCCUGUGCCGCCGGCCUGCCCCCCGCCCGUGCAGAAGGGCGAGUGCCACGUGAACUUCAUCCGGAAGGCGCAGUGCUCCUUCAGCUGGGACUGGGGCCCCUCCUUCCCCACCCAGGGCAUCUGGAAGGGGGUGAGGCUGGAGGGCUUCAGCGGCUGCCGCCUGGAUCACCUCACAUUCGCACCGCUGUACAACGUGUCUUCACGGGCGUGGCGUCUUGAAGUUGAAGCCUCCUUUGACGUGGACAGCACGAAGCCGCUCAGUGGCCUUGCAGUCGUCACCGUCCCUGAGCUGCAGACACAGCAGAAACUCGCCAUUGAGCUUCAGUCUGGAAAAAGUCUCAUGGAGUUGUCAGUGCCCAUCAGCCCCAAUAUUAGCGUUGAGACUUGGUGGCCUCACGGGUACGGGAACCAGACGGGCUACAACAUGACCGUUGAGUUUGUGCUGGAUGGAGACACCCGGAUCACAGAGUCGGCUAGGGUUUAUUUUCGGACCGUGGAGCUUGUGGAAGAGAAGAUAGAAGGGUCCGAGGGCCUGAGCUUCUACUUCAAGAUUAACGGCGUCCCCAUAUUCCUGAAGGGCUCCAACUGGAUCCCGGCGGAUUCUUUCCAGGACAGGGUGACGCCUGCCCUGCUGCGGCGCCUCUUGCAGUCCGCAGUGGACGCGAACAUGAAUGUGCUCCGGGUCUGGGGAGGCGGCGUUUACGAGCAGGACGAGUUCUACAGACUCUGCGACGAGCUGGGGAUCAUGGUGUGGCAGGACCUGAUGUUCGCCUGUGCCCUGUACCCCACGGAUGAGGCCUUCCUAAACUCCGUGCGUGCCGAGGUCGCCCAUCAGGUCCAGAGGCUGAAGCCGCACCCCUGCGUCAUCGUCUGGAGCGGCAACAAUGAGAAUGAGCUGGCGCUGAUGGACGACUGGUUCCACACGGGGGACAGGGCUGCCGCCUUCCGGGCCGACUACGUGACGCUCUACGUGAAGAACAUCCGCGCCCUCGUCCUGUCGGGAGACGGAACGCGUCCGUUCCUCCCCUCCAGCCCCACGAAUGGCGCGCGGUCGGAGGCCGAGGGCUGGCUGUCGGAGCACCCGGACAGCAGCCUCUAUGGGGACACGCACUUCUACGACUACGCACGUGACUGCUGGGACUGGCGCAUCUUCCCCCGGGCGCGGCUGGUGUCCGAGUACGGCUACCAGUCCUGGCCGUCCCUCAGCUCGCUGCAGCAGGUCUCUGCACCCGAGGACUGGUUCUCCGGCAGCUCGUUCCUCGCCCACCGGCAGCAUCGUCAGAACGGCAAUGAGGAGAUGCUGAAGCAGGUGGCCCAGAAUUUCAACCUGUCCCAGAGCAGAGACCCGCUGCGCCAUCUCCGAGAGACCAUCUACCUGACCCAGGUGAUGCAGGCCCAGUGCGUGAAGACCGAGACCGAGUUCUACCGGCGCAGCCACAGCGAGCUGGAGGCCGGCCAGGGCCACACCAUGGGAGCCCUCUACUGGAUGCUCAACGACAUCUGGCCGGCCCCGUCCUGGUCCUCGCUCGAGUACGGAGGCAAGUGGAAGAUGCUGCACUACUUCGCCCGCCGCUUCUUCUCGCCGCUGCUGCCGGUGCCCGUGGAGCGGGACGGGGCGCUGCUGGUGUUCGGGCUGUCGGACCUGCGGGCACCCGCCAGCGUCCAGCUGCAGGUGCAGCUGCUGGCCUGGAGCUCUCUGCAGCCCCGCUGCUCGCUCAGCCUGGAGCCCACCACGCUGCAGCCCGGAGCCGCAUCGCUGCUUCUGCGGGAGCCGCUGCGCCCCCUGCUGGCACGCUGCGGGAACUGCACGCGCAGGGCCUGCCUGGUGCAGGUGCAGUUGUGGGCGGGGGCUGAGCCCUGGGGUCCCGACAACCACCUCCUCCUGUCUCGGCCCAGGGACUCAGAGGGACUGCGCCCCCCAAGCAUCACUGUGGACAUCUCUCAGCACGGAGACACGUUUGCCUUCGUCCUGGAGACUCAGGCUGUGGCCGCCUUCGUGUGGCUGGACGUGGGGGCCAUCCCCGGGCGGUUCAGUGACAACGGCUUCCACCUGACUCAGAGGGCCCGGCUGGUGCACUUCCUGCCCUGGGCGCCCACCAGCGUCGGGGACCUGCGGAGGGAGCUCCGCGUGACCUCGCUGGCCGAUGUCUCCUGAGACGCCCGCAUCUCCUGGCCUGCACCAUGGCCACUCUCUGGCCCCUGGACAUCACUCCGGAGGUGGGAUUGCUCGGGUCAGUGCCGUGAGCUCACAGAAUCCUGUGACCACUGGGCGGGGCCGAGGGUCACCGUCCCUGCCGCU